AUGUGUGUCAAGAGACACCGGCCUUGCGACUGUGCAGAGAGAGAGGCGAGUGGUCUAGAUAAGAGCGAGUGGCUCAAGCCCGAAGUAAAGAACCUCGGUCACAAGAUUGGGCGGCAAGGGAUAGCGUGCCAGGAGAGGAGGAUAGGCAACGUUCUCAAUGCCCCCGCCCCCGCCUCAAGGAAGGAACUGCAGCGCUUCCUAGGAGCCGUUGGGUAUCUACGACUCUUCAUCCCGCGAUUCGCCGAGUACACUGCCCCACUGUUCGAGCUGCUGAAGAAGGGCAGGUUGUUCGUCUGGUCGGAUGCUCGAGGAGAGGCAUUCAUGGAGCUGAAGCAGGCGGUAGCCGGUGCGUCGUUGCUCCACAAGCCAGUUCCAGGAGCGCCGCUCAUCAUCGAAAUAGAUGCCUCGGAGGUUGGCAUUGGCGCGGUGUUGAAGCAGGUGCAAGAGGGUAGAGAGGUCCCGUUAGAGUUCGCGUCUAAGAAGUUCACCGACGCGGAGAGAAAGUGGUAUACGAGAGAGAGAGCUCUUCGCCGUCAAGCGGGCUGUAGAGAAGUGGUGCGACUAC